AUGCCAUCGAGUCAACUGCAAUAUUACAAAAACACCCUCCAACCACUCCAAACCAAUCAAUCCACCCUCCAGCAAACCCUACAAGAACUUCAGCGCGCAGUAGUCCAGGGAACCAAAGUGCUGCAGGUCGGCUCCCCAGCCCCAGUGAGCCCAUCGGACCAUAGUAGUAUCUAUGACGGUACAGCAGGCAUCGCAUUAGCAUUCCUCAGACUAAACCGCCAAAAAGACGUCCUCGGGGAGACAAAACCUCCUGACUUUGCUAGGCUUGCAAAUGAGAGGAUUAUUUCUGCUGGCGAUGUGAAACUUCCUCCCCUGGGAUACAUAUCACCCGUUGGAUCUUCGCUAGGACCACUUGUCGUGCGGAUCCUAGCAGCCCUUGAACAUUCGGGUCAGUCGGUUUCGCAGAGUGAUAUCAAACUGCUGAACACGGCGGUACAGCGCUCGCUUAGCCAUGGCCAUGUGGUUUCUAGUUCAUCGGGGGAUCAUAUCCGGGGCGUCGAUGAAGUGCUCUAUGGGCGCGCGGGGUUGCUCUGGGCUGUUGUAAAUAUUCGGCACCAUGCGUUUGGUAACAAGGAUAUUGAGGGAGAUAUAGGUGCCCUUUUCGAUGCUAUUCCGAAGCUUGCCGAGGCGAUCAUUGAUGGCGGUAGACGCGGGGCGAGGGAUUAUGUUGAGAACUAUGGGGGAAAGGGCGCAUUGCCGUUGAUGUGGGUGUAUAAGGAUGAGAGGUAUUCAUUGGGAGCUGUCCAUGGGAUCGCUGGCAUCCUCACAAUUCUUCUCUCAUGCGAAUUCGAAGAGCUAAACCGCUACCUCAUGCUAAUAGCAGAAACAAUAACCGGCCUCUGCCGUAUCUCUAUCGCCAAUAAUGGCCAUCUCCCGAGUUCCAUCCCCUCCCGCUCCAGAUCUCGAGGAUCCCCUCUUGUUCAAAUCUGCCACGGAGCACCAGGGCUUUUGACUCUACUAGCUACGGCCAGAAAGAACAACCAUUUACGAACAUAUUGGAAGUCUGAAUGGGACGAGGCUAUUCAUCUCAGUGCAGAGAGAGUCUGGCAGGAAGGUCUCCUAUCUAAAGGCGGUAGUCUCUGCCACGGACUUACGGGGAAUGCAUGGUCUUUGCUAGCCCUACAUGAAAGCUUCGAGCUCGAUUCUCAUGCCGAAGGAAACGAUAAAAGUGACUACUUUCUCUCACGAGCACUGGCACUCUUACUUCUCGCACGGGAAACACCACCCUACAGCACGGCACUAGAUAUCUCGUCUGGGUAUGACUUUCGCAUGCCAGAUCGACCAUAUAGUCUCUACGAAGGACUAUCGGGGGAACUUUGUGCGUGGGCUGAGGCUUGUGUGGUGGUCCAAGCAAGGCUUUGUAACGAGGUAGGGCAGACGGAGGGUCAGCAGGCUAAAGAGAAGGCAUUGGGGAUUCCGUGUUUGGGCGGGAACGGGGUUAGCGGGGUUAUGUGA